AGCGGAGAAGUUUAUGCAUGUUAUUAGGAAGCUAUGAAUUCUCAAGGAAUGGCGGCGAAUUUUUCAGUCUCAGUGAAAAGAAUACAGCUGCAAUAUGUGUCCAUAUCCUGUACAUAUCGCCUAUGUCUUCCCCAUAGGUCUGAGCAUGGCUGAAGACUGGAGACACAUGACUAACCGAAUGCUAAACCUUACCCUGGAAAUUAUCUACCUGCUGACUGGAGAGGAAUAUGGCCCUAAGUGUAGUGAUCCUGUGAAUCACAACAGGCUGCCUUGUUUAUCAGAAGGUUGGAGCACUGAGACCCCCAUUAUAAAUCCUCACUCCCAGAUCCAUGGGAGGAACAGUGGGCAGAAGAUCCUUGAACUCGCCAAGAAGAUCAUUGAGCUGCUGACUGGAGAGGUUUCUGUAAGGUGUCAGGAUGUUACGGUCUAUUUUUCCAAGGAGGAGUGGGAGUAUGUAGAAGGUCACAAGGAUCUAUACAAGGAUGCCAUGAAGGAUAACCACAAGCACUGCCUGUUAUCAGGAGGAAUAGUUGAGGAAGAUGCAUCCGAAUAUCCAUCCACUCAUACUAAAGAAGAAUCAUUUUCAUGUAAUGAAGAAAAUCUCUUGGACUCUCUUACAUAUAACCCUUAUGCUCAUAUUAAGGCUGGAUCAUGUAGUGGAGAAAAUCUUCCAGGUUGCACCUAUAGAGAUUGUUUGCCACAUCAAUAUUGUAAUGAAGAAUCCCCCCCAUUUGAAAAAAACUUUUCUAAAAAUGACAACUUUAGAUCCACAGAUCAUGUACAAUGUAACAGUUUUCAAAUCAAGGAGGAACCUUUCAUAUUGUUAGAAGAAACCUGUACUGAUAUAACUAUACCUAUAGAUCAUGCCGAGCAAGAUUCAGAAUCUCCACAUUCGGAGCUGUCAGCCUCAUGCAUAAGUGUCAAAGAUGGUGCUCAACACUAUUACUCUGCUUAUCUUAAGGAGGAAUCCCUCUCACAUGGUGAAGGUGAUACAGGAGACAAUGGCAUUUCUCAGCCCACAGGUCACACAUGGGAAGAUAAAUUUAAAUUAAAGGAAGAAUCAAUGUCAUGUAGUGAAGGCAUUAUAGCAGACAAUGGUAUUUGUAAACCUACAGAUCAAAUGCAAGAAGAUCCAUCUUGUAUUAAGGAGGUUUUGAAUGGAGCCCUGCAAGGUGGUAAACCUUAUAUAUGUUCAGAAUGUGGCAAAUGUUUUUCUAUGGAAUGUCGCUUACUUACCCAUCAAAAAAUCCACAAAACUGUGAGAAUGCAUUCAUGUAAUCGAUGUGAGAAAUCUUUUAAAAGAAGGUCACAUCUUAUUCAGCAUGAAGAUAUGCAUUCGGGAGACAAGCCAUAUUGCUGCUCUGAAUGUGGAAAAUGCUUUGUGUAUAACUCCAAUCUGCUUAGACAUAAGAGAAUUCACAUUGGGGAGAAGCCAUAUUCAUGCCUUGUCUGUGGAAAGUCUUUUGUCAGAAACGCAAGUCUUCUUGAACAUCAGAAAAUUCAUACUGGAGAGAGGCCGUACUCCUGCCAGGAAUGUGGGAAAAGUUUUCUUACCAAUGCCCAUCUGAUACAGCACCAGAUGACACACACAGGAGAGAAACCGUAUUCAUGUUUGGACUGUGGGAAAAGUUUUAUUAAGAGCUCCAAUCUUAUUGUGCAUCGCAGGGUUCACACAGGAGAAAAACCUUAUUUCUGUUCAGUAUGCGGGAAGUGUUUUGCCAGCAGCUCCCAUCUCGUUGAACAUCAGAGGACUCAUACAGGGGAGAAACCAUAUUGUUGUUCAGACUGUGGGAAAUACUUUGCAUUCCGCUCAAGUCUUGUUCAGCAUCAGAGAACCCACACAGGAGAAAAACCAUAUACCUGUUCAUACUGUGGGAAAUGUUUUUCACAAAGCUCGCAAUUUGUCAUUCACCUGAAGACUCACACAGGAGACAGGCCAUUCUCCUGCUCAGAAUGUGGAAAGCGCUUUAUCACUAACACAAGUCUUGCCCAACACCAGAGAAACCACACAGGGGACAAACCGUUUUCUUGCUCAGAAUGUGGGAAAUGUUUUCUUUGUAAUUCAAGCCUGGUCAUUCACCAGAGAACCCACACAGGGGAGAAACCAUAUUCCUGUCCAGAGUGUAAUAAAAGUUUUUGCAGUAAUUCACAACUUGUCAAGCACCAGAAAACUCACACAGGAGAGAGACCAUAUACCUGCCCAGAGUGUGAGAAGUGUUUUAUGAGAAACUCUGAUCUUUCUGUUCACAUGAGAAGUCAUACAGGAGAGAGGCCAUAUUCUUGUUCUCAUUGUGGGAAACGAUUUGCAAAUAGUUCUGUGUUUGCCAUACAUCAAAGGAUUCAUACAGGAGAGAAGCCGUUCUCCUGUUCUGACUGUGGAAAAUGUUUUAUUAGAAAUUCAGAUCUUGUAAUACAUAGACGACGACACACUGGAGAGAAGCCUUAUUUGUGCACACAGUGUGGCAGUAGCUUUGUGAGCAAAAGUGCUUUAUCAUCACAUGAUAAGACUCAUAAAUGACUCCUACCAUUUCUGAGUAUAAAUGUGACAGUUGAAAAUAAAC